CUUCACUAACCGUGUAAUUAUUUAAAAAGUGUAUCACUACCGAAAGUGAAUACGCAACGAAGAUGUCAGCAGAAGUUAUAACCGACUCCCAGGUUAUUCAAAACACGACAAAAGUGAAGCAAAAAAAAGAGUACAAGUGGAAGUUUAUAUGGAGAAAUAUUGCACUUUUUUCAGCUAUGCAUAUUGGUGCAAUAUAUGGUCUGUACUUGAUUUUUACUAGCGCACAGUGGAAAACUACAUUUUAUGCUUGGUUCCUUCAUGUUCUUUCUAUCGAAGGUAUGACAGCAGGGGCACAUCGCUUAUGGUCUCACAGAUCCUAUAAAGCUAAAUUACCACUUCAAAUCUUUCUGAUCAUUUGCCAAACAUUAACACUUCAGAAAGAUGCUUACGAAUGGGCGUUUCUCCAUAGAAUCCAUCAUAAGUGCGUAGAUACAGACGCAGAUCCACACAAUUCUUUCCGCGGUUUUUUCUUUUCACAUUUUGGAUGGCUGCUUAUAGAACCAGAACCAGAAUUGGUAGAAAAAUGUAAGAAUACGCAGUAUAGUGAUUUGCAAUCAGAUAAAAUACUGAUGUUCCAGAAAAAAUACUAUUUCGUAUUUUUUGCCCCCGUAGUCGGAAUAUUAAUACCAACAGCGAUACCGUAUUAUUUCUGGAAUGAAACUAUUGAAAAUUCAUUUUUUAUAGCUACCAUGGUAAGAUUCUGUUUUGUCGGACAUACAUUGUUUUUUAUCAAUAGUGUUGCUCAUGUUUUUGGUACCCGACCAUAUGAUAAAAAUAUUUGUCCAACCGAAUCUCCUCCUCUAAUUUCUUUUAUAACCCUGGGCGAAGGGUGGCACAAUUAUCAUCAUAUUUUCCCAUGGGACUACAGAACAGCUGAAAUCGGAAAGUACAGAAUAAAUAUAACUACAAUGUUUCUAAACUUAAUGGCAGCAAUUGGGUGGGCCUAUGAUCUGAAAACUGUUUCUUUGGAAUCGAUCGCGAAAAGAGCAAGUAGAACUGGAGACGGCACCAGAAUUUUAGACAAAAGAACAACUAAUUUGGUACAACAUCAAAAUAGUGAAAGUGACCUGAUUUGGGGAUGGGGAGAUAAGGAUAUGGGUGAUGAAUAUUUGAAUUACGUUAAAAUAACCAAUCGAAAAUAUGAUUAAAAAGGUGAAAACAUUUUAGAAUUUUUAU